AGCGGGCAGUUCGCCGCGGCGCCCUGACUCGAGCGGUAGCGUCAUGUCGUUCGAGGAGAUUCUCAACAAAGUGAAGCAGCACCCAGUGCUUUGGGACCCUACGCAUAAGUUUUACCGCCAGAAAUCCGUUCAAGCAGAGUCGUGGGCUAUAAUCGCCGCCGAACUUGAAUCCGAGGAGAAACUUGUGAGGAGUAGAUGGAAGUACCUAAAGGAUCAGUGUCGAAAAGAACUUAAGAAAAUUGCAUCGGGUGAAAUAGACAAGUCGAGGUGGCAUUAUUUCAACCGACUACAGUUUAUUAAGAAGGAGCUCCUAACCGAAGGAAAACCUAAACCAUACAAAGAUGUCAAAUUCGAAGCCGAGUCCGAAGAACCGCCAACAAAAAAAGCUAAAAGCGCAAGUCCCGAACCAUGCACUUCAUAUUCAGGCCAGGAAUCAUGGAAACUGCAGCAAAUCACAACUAAAUUAAACGAGUUAACCAAGAAGAUAGACAACCAGAACCCAUUUGACGACGAGUUGAGAAAUAAUCCCGACUUCAUGUUCCUCAUGAGUAUUUUGCCAACUAUACGCGAUUUGACUGAUGUUCAGAAAUUUACGUUUAGAGGGAAAGUGAAUGAGUGGUUAUUGGAGGCGUUGGCGCAAAAUCAAUUCCUUUUGAGUGAACAAUAUCAGUGUAAAAUUGAAGACCCGGAUUCGUAGUAUUCAAAGCUAGGCUAGAGUUGCCAAACAAAACUGCAAAACUGCACAGUAUACCCAGUAAACAGUAGUAAGUAUAACGCGGUAAGCCCGGACUACGUUAUUGGAAAUUGCGUUGUAAUAUUCUCGUAAAAGCGUAUUUAGAGCAAAACUAGAAACACGAAUUCAAUAAUGUUAUUUCGUUUAAUUUUGUAACAACACAAUAAAAAGGUGCAAUACGCAAAACUAGUUAUGACUUGACAAAUCAUUGAACUUUACGGUACAGAUAUAUACCUUGAGAAAUCUCCGCAUUAUUACUGUAUAAUACUGUUUUUCACUACAUUAUACAUUUUUUUUUGAACUGUUGAAUAACAAUAGAGUAUUAAAACACAUCAGCAAUAUGCUGUGGCCUACUUAGGCGCAAACAUAUUUUUUUCAGAAGGAGCUCAGUACAGCGUGACAUCACAGUUAAUAAAAUAAUAAGCUAAUUUAUUUUCAUUUUAAUUUCUAAAAAAAGGUGUAUAUUAAUAAGUUUUGCGAGAAGCUCUAUACAAUUUACAUAUAUUUUUAAAACAUAACAUAAAUUUUUCUAAAGUAUUGUUAAAUAUUCAUCUUAAAGUUGGCAACCCUAGUAUAGACUAAAUUACUUCGACAUCGUAUUGGAAUGGGUUAAAUUAUAUACUAAAAUUAGAUAGACAUUUCAGCGACCCAUGUGAUAUAUAAAGAUAUUUAUAAGAAAUCGUUUUAUGUGUAGUAUUGCUUAGGUUAUACAAAUUUAAAAAGAGAUAGAAAAGACAAAUUUUAAUACAGAUCUCAUAAUUGUAAGAGAUAUCUUAGUUAAGAUUUUUUAUAUAUUCUAAAGUAAAGUAAGUAAAUACUGUAUGGUUGGUUGACUCAGUUUCCGCACUUACUGACUCUCAUUAGGUAUUGUAUGGUACUCUGUUAUUUGAAUGCAUUGUAUAUAUUUACCUAACUUUACGAUUAGGAUAAGAACUUUUCCGAGUAUUAUAUAUUUUUGGACUGUAACGUACAAAUAUUUCCAAGUAUAUGCUAUGCUUUGUAUGACUUGAAAUAUAUAAAUAUCUGCCGAACGAUUUAAGUGUAACAAUGAUUCAGUAGCACAAACUAUACAUUCAUAUUAAUUACUCGUACUAGCUUGUACAUAAUAUGGAAUAUUUAAUAAGUCAAAGUUUAAUUUUGUACCGUACUUAUAAAUAUAUUUUUAUACGAUUUUGUUGUCUUUAUUUACACACAAUUUCCUCAUCAUAGCGUAGUGACCAUGUAGGUAACAUUAUACGAUACGAAUACCCACAGAGUUACAAAA